AUGAAAUUUCGGACAGAGAAAAAGAAAGACGGAGAACUGAGCGAGGACCGCGGAAGGGACAAUCACAAGGAAGGGUUUAGGUGUGGAAUUCCAGUUCCGGAAAAUGAUCCCAUGUAUGUUGUACCAAAGGAAGUUGAUUACUAUCGAAGUUCAGGACUUCCAUAUCCUAGUUAUGCUUUCCAGACAUAUACAGAUUAG